GAGUGGAAAUCCAGAUUAUCCUCAGCUUUGGAACAGAAAAACCAGCCAGGAAAAUGUUCUUCAAGUCUUUCAAAGUCCUCUCUCUGCUCUUUGCCUCUCUGGGGUUUGUUUUGAUGGAAGAGAAUGUCUCAGGUGCAAGCCUAAGGAUUCCCAGUGGGAAACCAGUGCAGAGACGUUACUCUGAGGCCACUCUGGCGAGUGACUACAGUCGCACCAUGGACAACAUGCUGAAGAAGAAUUUCGUGGAGUGGCUCCUGGCCAGGAGGGAGAAGAAAAGCCAGGAUAUGGUGGAACACUACAAGAGAGAAGCUGAGCCCCAAGAAGCAGCUGUGGAUGGACAAAAGUUGGACCUGAGUGCUCAAGAUGCCAAAGAUUUCUUAGCUUGGCUGCUGAAAGCCAAGGAAAACCAGAGUUUUGCUUCUCUGGAAGGUUCAGAAGGGCUGAAGGAUGUUUUGAGCCAAGAGUUCCUGACGUGGCUGAUGACGACUGAUCUCUGCAGGAUGAU